GACUGACCCCAUAGUUUAUUUCUUUCUUUCUUUCAAUCCAAAGUCCAAACCACCGCCUCGCCUGUAAAGGAUGAGUGCUCUGAACCGAACCUUGAGCUCAUCAAUGUCGUUGAAACUCAACACCCCCACCCCUUUCCCAAUUUUGGCGUUCCCAAAUUCGAAACCAAGCGAGAUUCGAUUCUCCAACAGAUGGGGGCAGCGAAAAGUCGAACGAUAUCUCUCCCACUCUCUCACUCUCUUGGAUCAUCAAAGUUGCAGAAGAAGAAGGGAUCAUCAAAUUCGUUGCGGAGGAGGAGGAGGUGAUCAUCAUCAUGUGUUAGAAACGGCAGUGUGGUGGGACCUGAACACGUGUCCAGUUCCGGCUGGUGUAGACCCUCGUUGUGUACGUGCGUGUAUAGAAUCUGCCUUGGAGAAGCAGAUUGGUCAUCGUUCUGCAGUCAGUAUCUAUGCCAUGGGAAACCUAGAAUACAUCUCUAGUGACCUCUUGCAAAACAUCUCUUCUUCUGGAAUCAUUCUUACUCACGCCCCCUUCGGUGUGCACGACUUAUAUGAAUUUCUGGACGACUGGUCUGAUGAUGAGCUUAAAAAAAAAACAUAUCCUCCGAAUUACAUAAUGAUGAUAUCGGGUGAUUAUGAUAUGCUUUAUCCUCAGCGUUUUCGGUGUUAUGGAUUCACUAAUUUUGUUGCAUAUCCCGAAGAUGUUCCCGUAGCUGCCCCUCUUGACGAGCUAUCACUGUUAGCUGAAGAGUUUGACAAAGUGUUUGCCAAAGAGUUUGUCUGGGAAACUUUAUUGAGUGAUAAUUUGGGUGAAACUUUAUUAUUGAGUGAUGAAAAACCUCUGUGCAUUUGCAACAUAUGCAAUGAUGUUUACCAAGUAUGUGACGAAUUCAUCACUCAUCUCAAGAGUGAAGAGCACAGAAACCAGGCACUUAAGCAAGCAGCAUGCAUCGACCGCCACGGUAAGCCUAGAUAUUUUUGCCAAGUUUGCAAUUAUCCAGUCUAUGGCGAAUAUCUGCUCUUCGUCCAUAACGAAAGUGAAGAACAUAUUCGCAAGCUGGUUGAGAAACAGGCUCAAGAAGAGGAGGAUUGCCAGAGCAGGAAGACAAAUCCAGAAUUGGAUCUAUUCUACGAGAGAAACAAGAAGCAAUCUCUUUGAACGAGGCAAACAAGAAGAGGCAGCCUAAGGAAGACGAAGAAGAAGAAG